AUGCAUCGAUAUUUUACAUUCAAGAAUACGUUGACGUUCUUACCCGUGCUGCAGGACUUGGUCGUGGGUUACAAUCGAUCGUAUCAUCGCAGCAUCAAGAUGGUCCCCGACAAAGUGACUGCAAGUAAUCAGCAAGAAGUGUGCAACAACUUGUACGCCAAACGUUUGAACGCCAAGCAUUUCAAGCCAAAGUUUAAAGUAAAUGAUCGCGUGAGACUCAAUAAGAAGUUUAGAACUUUUAAGAAAGGUUACCUACCGGGCUGGACGGAAGAAGUGUUUACAGUAUCCAGAGUCAUCCCUGGAAGUGUGGUCAUUUACAAAAUCAAAGAGAUGGAUGACACACCUUCGGAAGGUACCUUUUAUUCUCAAGACUUACAGAAAGUCGCCGUAUCGGACGACGAUUUGUGCCGCGUGGAAAAAGUGCUGAAACGAAAAGGGAAUAAAUUGCUUGUACGUUGGAAAGGUUGGUCAGAUAAAUACGACAGUUGGAUUGACAAGAAGGACGUGAAAAAGCUUUGA